UAGUAAUUUUGCUCUGUGCUUGUGAGAAAAGGAAGAAAAGAGGGUCGACCAUAGCCGAGUGCUGCUGGGCUGGAAGAAGGGUACGAGGUACUUUUCUACAUUACUGUUCGUACACUCUGCCCGUUUCCACCUCCUUAUACUGGCGAAAGGUUGAACGGUUAAAAUGGAGGCGGAUAGAUCCGGCGGAGGACCAAACCCGAACUCCGGAGGCAGCAGCGGAGCGGGGCGCAACCCAAACGGGCCCAAAGCAGCACCGGGCCAGGCGACAUCAGCUGCGGCAGCCGGGGUGAUGGCAGCAGCAGCGGCGGCGGCAGCAGCAGCCGGGGCAAUGCCCGGAUCAUCGCAGGCUAGGGAGCUACAGGACGGGGACUCGGGCAUGACGCUUCCCGGGAUCCUACACUUCAUCCAGUACGAGUGGGGACGCUUCCAGGCCGAGAAAUACCGCUGGGAGGCAGAGAGAGACGAACUCAGGGCUCAGGUGGCGUUCCUUCAGGGUGAGAGGAAAGGGCAGGAGAAUAUGAAACAGGACCUGGUGAGGCGGAUCAAAAUGCUGGAGUACGCCCUCAAACAAGAGAGGGCUAAACACCAGAAGCUUAAGACGGGAAAUGACCAGAGUCCCGGAGACAAGAAACCAGAGACAGAGGCUGACCAACUUCCCAACGGGCCUGCUGAGUCAGACUCUGAGCCAGCAAAUCAGAUGUCCUGGAAGGAGGGACGUCAGCUACUACGCAAAUAUCUUGAGGAAGUGGGUUAUUCAGACACCAUCCUGGACAUGCGGUCUAAGCGUGUGCGGUCGCUGCUCGGGCGGAGCAGCCCAGAGGCUAACGGGCCUCCACCUAUUGAAUCCUGUCCUGAGCCCGAGCCCCGGGCGGGGGGAGAGUCGUUGUUAGUCAGACAGAUAGAAGAACAAAUCAAGAGGAAUGCGGGCAAGGAAAGCUCGAAGGAAAAUCUGGGAAGCUCGGUGCUCGAUAAAAUCCCCUUCCUGCAUGGCUGCGAGGAUGACGAUGAAGACGACAGUGACGAGGAAGAUGACUUCCAAGGCAUGGCCACGGACUGCAUUGACGGACCGCGCAAGAACAAGAAGUCUCGUGUAAAGAUGGGUUCGGAGCCCAUGACCACAGACCUGGACCCGGAGGACGAGGAGGACGAAGAUGACUCAGAAGAUGCCCUCAGUGAAUUUGACUUCCUGGGCUCGGGGGAGGAUGGGGAGGGGGCGGGAGAGGCCCGGAUCUCGGGGGACGGACGGGAGCUAGAGAACCGCAGGAACAAGUUACAAGGCAUGAUGUCGGACUUCCCCCCUAAACCCACCCCGCCCCCCUCCGUAUCGGGACAAGCUCGCUCCGGGGAAGGUGGAGCCCUGGGUUUUUCCUCUGACGUCUUCAUUAUGGAUGCUGUCGGAGGAGGGGACAUGAACCUGGGUGAACUGGCUGAUCUCACCGUUGCCAAUGACAACGAUCUCUCCAUGGAUAUGCAGGAUAACAGAGAGGAGUUUAAGAAGACAUGGAACCCUCGUUUCACGCUACGCAGCCACUUUGAUGCCAUCCGUGCUUUGACCUUUCACCCCAGCCAAGCAGUUCUGCUCACAGCCUCCGAGGAUGGAACACUAAAACUGUGGAACCUCAACAAGGCCAUGCACUCUAAAAAGAACGCAGCAUUGGAUGUUGAGCCCAUCUACACAUUUAGAGCACACAGUGGAGCUGCUCUGUCCCUCACCAUGGACGAGGACGGAGAAUCCUGCUACAGCGGGGGUCUAGAUGGAGCUGUCAGGUGUUGGAAGAUGCCGGACCUCAAUGUGGAUCCUUAUGAUAACUAUGAUCCAGGCAUCGAGAGCAGUGUACUAGCCGGUCACGAGGACAGCGUGUGGGGUCUCACAUACUCAGCAGUUCACCAUCGUCUUGCCUCAUGCUCAGCCGAUGGUACCAUUCGCAUCUGGGACCCUCAGAACUCAGCUCCCUGUCUGUCUGUCUUCAAUAAAGAAAGAGAGCACGGCACACCCACAUCAGUAGCAUUUGUGGCCACUGACCCCGACCAGGUGGUGGUGUCAUUCGACGCUGGAGAGACGCUGCUCUACGACCUCAACACGGAGCAAAGCAUAAUUUCGCUAGAGACGCAGACCAAGGACGGCAGUGAGCUGAUCAACCGUGUUGUCAGUCACCCAUCUGAGCCCGUCUCCAUCACUGCCCAUGAGAACCGCACCAUCCGUUUCCUGGACAACAAGACAGGUAAAGUUGUCCACUCAAUGGUGGCUCACCUGGAUGCCGUCACCUGUCUCACUACAGACCCUAAAGGCACUUACCUCAUCUCCGGCAGCCAUGACUGCUCUGUGCGCCUGUGGAUGCUGGACAACAGGACGUGCGUGCAGGAGAUCACAGCUCACAGGAAGAAGCACGACGAGGCCAUCCAUGACGUGGCCUUCCACUCUUCACAGCCCUUUAUUGCCAGCGCCGGCGCAGAUGCACUUGCCAAGAUCUUUGUCUGAAAGCAUUCUGCUGUCAUUCUGAGUCCUACAAAAACAACUGGGCCAAAAGAGACUGAAGACGACAGUGAACACAUUUCAACUGCUUACACACACAUAACACUCAACACACACUUGUCCUGCACCCCACUGGCUGGGUCAUCGCCACAGGACGUCACCUCCCUUCAAUUCCUCACUUUUCUCUGAUGCCUCAGUGACUUCUUGUUAUACUAAUCACACUGCUUUUUUUUAUAAAAUCCGUAUCGCUCUGUUUUCGAAUAAUAAUCUUUGGAGAAACACUUUUUCUACACUACAAUGUUCUGUUCUUAUUUUUAUUUCAUUCUGGCACAGCUAUUACAAACUUCUGUGUGUUUGUGAUCGACCUGCUGACACACUACUCACAUUUCACAGAGAAACCACCAAGGAUCGCUUGCACUGCACAUCGCACACGAUGCACAAAUGCACCUCAACAUUUCAUUUGAGAUCUUUUUUUAACAAAUUGCUUGUGGCUAGCAUACAUAUGUAGGCAUGACUAAUAACAGUUAUCUUUCCCAGUGUGGGUGGAAAACACCUGCCCAACCUUUUCAUUGGGAUUCAAUGUAUUACAUUCCAAAGACUCCAGGUAGAGCGUGUGUGGUGGCAAUUUUUCGGGGUUUCAAGAAUGUUAAACUGAGCUGUCUAUGAUGUGAGGAAACAUUAGACAGUUGCUAACCAGUGUUGAACAAAUAGCUUUAAUUUCAGCUUUAUGGCGAAGUCUCAUUGUAUGUCCGAGUAUUAUAGUAUCCCCAUGAUUCUGCCUCUAAUUAUCUUUGUGUGUGUGUGUGUGUGUGUGUGUGCGUUUGCGAUAAAAUGACACUCUGCUGUACAAGAUUAAUGAACGUAAUUCCACAAUCAUGGUACAUUUCUACAGAUGGUCAAUGUGAACUCUGCAGCCUGAUGGUCUCACACCACAUUUACUUGCUACAGAUGGAUAUCAUGAAAGUGCAGUUUGAGUCCGUAGACAUACAGGGGUAGUGAAGCCAGUCUGUACGCUCUCAACAAAUGAUGCAGUUUGUGUCAUUUGGUGCUUUCCACUGAACACUGUAAGAGUGUGCGUGUUUGUAUAUGCACUAGCUAAAUCACGGUGCUAUGAAAGACCUUGUCAGUCUUGAGUCAGAAUCAGGGACCUACUUUGUGUGUACAUGUGAGAAAGAGAGUCUGUGUUUCUCACUCAACGGGCUAAAGAGUGAAUCUGCUUUUUAAUGACAUUUCAUUGUUAAAUCAUUUCAAUACCUGUGGUCUGACUUCAGAAUUAAAGUUCAGUGUUAAUUCCUCUCAUUGAAGGUAUGUGAGUAAGGUUGACAUUGAUCGUUUCAGGUUUUUAGGAGAGCUGGUGAUAGUUGCAUUACUAUGAGGACCACUUGGACGGAACAUGUUUCCUCAGAUGAGAGCUUUUCAGUUCAUCUUUUUUAUUUCAUCCCAAAGUGUGUGCCAGUUUGUAGGCAGUGCUGGUUUCUCGCGUGCUGUAAUUUAAUCAGGCUUUUAAAAAACCAAGUUUGUCAUUACCUUCACUUGUGUGUUGAGGUGAGGUUCCCUUGUCUUGUUUGUGACGUGCAUCAGUUGCACAGUAGCACAUUUCUCAUGAGAGCUAAUGAUGUGAAGCUGGUCUCUUUCAGAAGAGGCAUGCUGGGAGAAAUAGCCUCAGAAGGAGAAAGAAAAAUUCCCUUUUUAAAAAAAGAUGAGAGAAUCGUGGGUGUCAGUUUAUAUAAGUAACAUGACUUCAAAAUCAGUCUCGCCGGUCUGUUACUGUUGCUGCUGAUUUUGAACAAAACUAAUUUGACUUAUGCGGAGAAAAGGUUCCUUUGGGACUCCUACUGUCUAUCUCUGUCUGUGUCCUGUAUUUAUUUCUGAUAACUGCAGGAAACAUGUUGGUUUGCUUUAGGUAAGAGUUGCCCUUUAAGACCUGACCUGACUUCAAAUGACUUGAGUCAUUUUAUCUUAAUGUCUUUAGAGGAACAAUACAAUUGGAUGUUCAAUCAGUUGAUUUAGGGGGCACCCUCCACAUUUUUAAGACUACAGGGUCACACUACGGGUCAGAGUUCAGACCCAAGAGUUCAAUGUUACCUAGGUAAACACUCUGUCCCUAAUCACUUGGGACAAGAGCAUUCAUAGUUCAGAUUUGUUUUCCUAAAACAGCGUGGUAGAGUGUGCUGUUCAGGAUCUAGGUUUGACUAUUUUAUAGUACUGCUGCUGGAAAUAACGUCCUGUUAACACAUUAAACUACUUUGUGGCUCCACUUUGCACUACAUCUAAGUAUGGAUGCUUCUGUUAAAGAGUGGAAACAGGCAGGGUGCAUAAAAUGACAUUUCACAGGCAAUUCCUUUACAAUAAGGAGUAAAUGCUACAAUGGUUGAACCUGCUGUGGCUCACAGUUAUUGGAUAGUGAGAGUAACUGAUGGACCCUUUCUGAGAAUAAAGACAAAUCAGUAUGACACAUCAAAAAAGAAAUUGAAACAGAAGUUGUAAAUGAUGACUAGAGAUGCCAUUACGUGCUGUAAAUGUCCAUCAUUUCCUUGUUUUAUUUCUUGCAUUUCUUUUCCUUGAUUAUGAAUAUGAUUAUUAAGAUGUAAGAAUACUGUAGUAUCAUAAGUGAAUCAUUCUUCCUUGCUAGGCAUAGAAUUUGCUUGUGAUUGAAAAUGACCAUGUAUAACUUGUAAAAAACCAAAAAGAUUAAAAAAAAAGAAAAAUUUAGAAAAUAAGUUAAAAAAAUCUGUUACCAGUCAGAGGCCAAGGUAAAGGACUCUCAUUUCUUUGUGUUUUUAUUUUUUUAUUAGCAAUUUAUCACUGUGUGAUAUUUUGUACAUCAUAUUAAGCUGUAUUCAAACUAUUUCCUCUAACUACAAGGGAUAAGAGACCUGCUUUUUAUUAAUUUUGUUUUAUUAUAUAUUUUUGAACUGCAUUCUAGCUUGUAUCAAAUGACUUUCUCUUUUUGUUUACGGGUCCCCUGUUGUAUGUCAUUAAGGAAGAAAAAAACAAAAAAUGAAGUUUUUGUACAGUGAA